AUCCGCCUAUCCCUACUGUAAACAGUCCGCCAUUUUUUGGACGCCGGAGCAUGUGAGGCAAGAAUGGCUCCUAAGCGAUUUAGGUGUUUUGUUGUUGGAUGUAAUAAUGAACAUUACAGUCGUCAUUUACUCCCGACAUCCGAGCCGCUGAAGACGCAGUGGACUAGUUACGCUUUUAAAGGGAACGUGCCUCCCGAUCUUCCUAAAUGCGUCUAUGUCUGCUCCAAUCAUUUCACAUCAGACUGCUUUGCAAACGAGGGGCAGUAUAAAGCAGGUUUUGCUAAAAAGUUGGUCUUGAAGGAUGGGUCGGUCCCAACGGUUCGUGACCCAGCUUCACCUCCAGAAAAACACUUCGUUGAGGGCCGGCCGACCCCUGCUCAUCCCGACCCUGUGCCAGCACUGAUAGAUGAGCGUAGUAAGAUACCAACAGUGUCUGAAGCACCAAGAGAAGGACUGCGAGACAACCGCAAACCAGACAAUGCUGAAAACAUCAGGUGUGAUCGACAAGGCGUUUCCAUUGUUAUUAAAGAAGAGAUGGUAGCAGAAUCAAUAAUGGAGGACAUCACUACAGAGGAGAGCACUGUGCUCAUUAAGAUGGAGUGCACAGAUGACCAACCCCAGACAGAUGAAACACAGGGGGAACUGGAAAGAUUGAAGACUCUUCUCACUCAAAAAGAAAAAGAAAAUGACUUGCUAAGAGAGAAAAUACAAACCCACCAGGCUCUUUACCCACUGACACCAGAGACUGUAAAUAACAGCAGUGUCCCGAACUACUUCAAAUACUGCACUGGAUUCACUUACGAUCAAUUUAACGAACUGUGCAGAUUUUUCGCCCUUCCAGAUAAUGAAACGGACCCACAAACUCACAUCCCCUUGACAUGUGAUAAACUGAACAGGCACCUCCGCCACAUGCCUUUACGUCAACAGUUUCUACUUGUACUUCUGAAACUAAGACAAAACUUUGACUUGGAAGAGCUAGCUUUCAAAUUUCAAAGUGACAUGCAAAGUGUUAGGACUUUAUUCAGUUCAUGGAUUGACUUCAUGUAUGACAGGCUUGGUAAUCUGUCUGUUUGGCCACACCGGGACAUCAUUGCAGAAAACAUGCCCGACAACUACAAAGAAGAGUUUCCAACAACUUUUGCCAUUCUUGACUGCACAGAGAUAAAGAUCGAGAAACCUAGCUCACCUUUAGUACAAAGUCAGACUUGUUCUAACCGUAAGUCUACUAACACACUCAAGUCUCUGAUAGCCUGUGAUCCUCGUGGCUCCAUUAUGUUUGCAUCUAUGCUAUACAAAGGAUCAAUUUCUGACCAAGAGCUGUUUAGACGAUGCGAAAUCAAAGAUUUACUGAAAGGUCUGCUUCAGUGUGGCCACCUUAAGAGAGGUGAUGGGCUGAUGGUGGACAAGGGCUUUCUCAUUGAGAAAGAUGUGAAGGAGCUUGGCCUUCAACUAAACAUUCCUCCUUUUGCAAAUCUUCACAUGCCAGUCCCAGAUGUUCAGAUAGCAAAGACAAUAGCCAAACACAAAGUGCAUGUAGAAAGAGCAAUAGCCAACGUCAAAACAUUUAAGAUAGUGUCUGGUAGAAUCCCUAAUUACAUGUUAGAAAAUAUAAAUCAGAUAUGGUGGGUGGUGUGUAUGUUGUCAAAUUUCCAGCGACACAGCAUUCAGGCAUAGAUUGCUGAAGAAACCACAUAGAGACAGCAAAGUGCUGCAGUUAAUUCAUGGCCAUGAUUGCUCUCUUCCUGUCACGCAAGUUAUUACAAUACAUUUUGUACCCCAUUUUUAACCUUUUUAAAUUAUAUUGUGAAAGUUUUUCUUUUGUAAUAAACAAUGGCUGACUGCAAA